AUGCUUCCGAGAAGAUUCGCAUAUAAAUCAAAAAUCGGAUGUUUCCUCUUUUCCGCCGUUUUUAUUCUCUUUUGCCUGCGCCCCAAUCCACGUAUUCACUACGCGAAGACUAUUCAAUUCGAGCAUAAACCCGGACAAAUUGGUAAUAAAUACAACCUUUCAGUACUUUGAAACAUUUUCUCCGUCAGGCGAUCAGCUGUUUUCCCUGUUCUCUCAGCUCGGCGUUUCCCGGACCAUCGACCGUAUUCCAGUCAUAAAUACCGUCAAUAACACUAGAGUCAUCAACCAGCUAAGCUCAGUUAUCAGCGUCCGAUUUCCGAUGAUUCUGCAGCAGUUCAUGAUUGUCAUUGAGCCGGUGAGCAUUUCACGUGGGCUCUAGCUACAGUAAUCUUUUCAGCAACAACAACCGAACGCCGAACUGGGCCUGGACACGUGGUGUUCGUUUGAAGAUCCACUCAAAAAGUUCUCCGAGUACACGACUCCGAACAUGGUCGUCCGGGGAAAUGGCUUCCGCAGCUACAAGUACUUCGACCAUCUGCGCCCAGAGAUCCGUCAGUGGAUGCUCGGCAACGCUGAAAAUGUCGAAGAAGCACGACAGUUACUCACGGAGUCACUCCGGGACACUUUCAAGUGAGGAUCACUCCAGUUCCAGCUCUUGAAAGUGAUGUUACAUUUCAGGAUCUGUGUGCACAUGGACACUAAAAAUGCGAGCAAAUCAAGCUCGCCCACGGAUUUCAAGUUUUCCGUCCGAGAGCUCAAUUGGCUGCUCAGGAAGUGUAAGCUCGAAGACGUUGAAGUCGGUUAGAAAUGGAUUUCAGAUCUGGCAGAGCACGAUCGUGUUAUGCUCGUGGCUUCGAGUGAGAAUCCGACAAUCAGCAGGAGAAUCUUCAAUUCUCGAAAAUUUGCAAGCUACACUUUUGAAAAGGUUCCCGUACUUCCGUCCUCGAGCCAAGUCCAAUACUCGUUUUCAGUUCUAUAUGGUCAAUACGCCUCCGGAAGUGCAGUUGACGUUCUCCCGAUUGUACUGUGACGUCGUGCUUCUUACCGUACCCACCUCGAGUUUUGGCUGGUGGAUGGGAUAUUUGGCGAAGGAGGAGAACAGUCCCGUCUACUUCACAGAUCCGGAGAAAGGGUCCGAUUGGGUGAGAAGGUGGCGAGACAUACGUGGCAAAGAAAUGGAUUUCAGAUGGCAAGAGAGAUCGACCCGAGAAACUAUUUCCAUCGGGAUGGAGGAAAAUGUGGUAACCAUGAUUUUGUUGAAUAAACGUUUUACUUUUGUGAUCACUUUGGACAGAAACUCAAAGAAUGACAGAUAAACUUCUCGUCUAUUUGAUCAUGAAGAGACAUCAGAAGUUUGAAGAUUCGAUCCUCGAUGUUAGUGUCAACGACGUGGCAGAAGGCUUCCAAGAAGUCGAACUGGGGGAGCACAUGACUGCACACUUUCUGGAAGACAUUGAUAUAGAUAAAAUUCAAAAAAGAAACGACAAACAUCGAUAG